GUGAGUCGCGGUUAAUGAUCGCGCUGUGUUCGAGAGAGAGACUGGAACAAACGCAGCAACUAGAACCGCAUCGAGAGCCUCGAGAGUCACAAACAUGUCAAUAUUCACACCUACGAACCAGAUCAGGUUAACAAAUGUGGCCGUCGUGAGGAUGAAGAAAGGAGGGAAGAGGUUUGAAAUAGCCUGUUACAAGAACAAAGUGAUGAGCUGGAGAUCUGGCGCGGAGAAGGAUCUUGAUGAAGUCCUGCAAACAAACACCGUGUUUGUCAAUGUGUCUAAGGGUCAAGUGGCAAAAAAAGACGACCUGUCAAGCGCUUUCGGCACAGAUGAUCUGACAGAAAUAUGCAGACAGAUUUUAGCUAAAGGAGAGCUACAGGUGUCAGACAAGGAGCGACAGAGUCAGCUGGAGCAGAUGUUUCGAGACAUCGCGACUAUUGUGGCAGAGAAAUGCGUGAAUCCUGAGACCAAGCGGCCCUAUACAGUGAGCCUCAUAGAGAGAGCCAUGAAGGACAUUCACUUCUCUGUGAAGGCCAACAAAAGCACUAAACAGCAGGCUCUGGAGGUCAUCAAGCAGCUGAAGGAAUCCAUUCAGAUUCAGAGAGCUCACAUGCGGCUGCGCUUCGUCCUGCCGGCCAAAGACGGGAAGAGACUGAAGGAGAAGCUCAGGACGUUAAUAAAGACCGUAGAGAGCGAGGAGUUCGACGAUCAGCUGGAGAUGGUGUGUUUGAUAGAUCCCGGUUGUUUCCGGGACAUUGAUGAGCUGAUCCGCUGCGAGACUAAAGGGAAGGGAACGCUGGAGGUGCUCAGUCUCAAAGAUGUGGAGGAAGGAGACGAGAAACUAGAAUAACCUCUUCAUCUUCAGACUCGUUUUAUACGGAGAGCCUUUUUUGAUUUACAGCAUGGCCUAAAUAUUAGCCGUAUAUUCUCAGCUGGGACAGGCUUCAGUAACUAUACUAAAUCUGGUAAACAUGUCCCCAAAAACAAAAUUAUGCUCAGUUGCAGUAAUUUAUUUUCUGUGAAAAUGAAAUUAACUUUGAUUGUUUAAAAAUAAUAAAAGUAAUGAUAAAAAUAAUAUACAGUGAGAUUCUGAAAGAGUGCAUUGUUUGCCACAAUAAAAUAUUUGCUCUUUAAAUAGUUUGUAGUUGUGUUAUCUGCGCUGGCAUUGAUCAGUCUGUUCAGAAAGCACUGUCCGCUCAUAGGUCUUCUGAUGCGCUUGUUUGCUGUUGGAGAGUCUUUUAUAAUCUAAGCACACUUGAAAACUGUUCAAGAACUUCACAGAAACCACUACAAGAUGCAUCUUUCUCUAGAAACUCAUCCGUGUGUCGGUGUGGGCUUGGGCUUUGAAAGAAGAACGCGAGCUGGAUCGGUCAGAAUCGCAGGACUGGACCACAAACAGGAAGGGAACAUGAGCUGGAAUCUCGGGUCUCAGUUGUAGGUUUUACGUAUCUCUAUAAAAGAUACAGUGGAGCAAUGUCCAGCCAACGUGUGUGAGAAAAGUAUUCGUUUGGCAAAACAGUAAAGCUCUUUCACACCAGAAACAGUAACUAUACAAGGCAUGAUUAUUGUUCAUCAUUUAAAGUGAUUCCAGUGUUCUCAUUCCUCUGUGACAUUAUCACUAUAAUUGUGGUCUGGAUCUGAUGGAAGAAUAAAAAAAAAGAAAAUGUAAUUGUGAAUUGUUUAUUUGUCAGAAUUGCUUGUUUAUAUCUAGCAAUUCUUAGAAAAAGGUCACAAUUACUUUGUAAAAAUGUUUUAUUCAGUGGUGGAAAUGUUAUGGGCUUCUAUAGGAUUCUGUCUGCUAUUC